CUGUUAUUCGAAAAAAAGAAGAGCAAAAGCUGCAUUUCCACAUCGAAUGUGGCCGGGCGUCGCCCCGCGACCGAAAACCCUAAACCUCAAGUCUCUCCGCACCGGUCGUCAUCACGGCUGGUUCGUCAAGAAACCCUUAACCUUAGCUCGCUGAUCGCAAACCGCGCAAAAACGCUCAUGAUCCCUAUCGCCGCUUCCAAACCUUUUCAGCUCCUUCUUCAACCCUUUUAAUAGAUGGCUUGUGGUCGGAAGGCUCUGGCCUCAGGCUACAAAUACCUUUCCCGGAGAUUCCACCCCUUUUUUAUCCACAUCGUCCAAGAUGACCGUGAGCUCUACGGAUCCCCCCAACACACUCCGCUUUCGGCGAGUCCGUUGACACAACGAGCUUCAUCCUCCUCGAGACCAUUAGGAAGAUUCAGAUCACCUUCUGGAGAUUGGAGGAGGAUUGGGUUCUCCCUACCUUUUGGAAUCAAUCAUUCUUCCCGAAAUUUUUCGUCCAGCGCCGAGGGAUCGAAUGAGAUCGGUUACAUAAACGAUGUGGCAGACGUUUUGACGGAUGCUGGAGUGGAUACUGGCAUUGUGGAUGCUGCCUCAUCAGUCCCCGCUCCAUUCCCCGGCGAGGUGGCAGCAGCUGCGGCGGAUUCCUUCUUACCCGUUGCGGCACUGCAGCACCUGAUAGAUGCUGUGCAUUCUUUUACUGGCCUAAAUUGGUGGGCUUCAAUUGCCUUGACCACUGUAUUGAUUCGUGGGGCUACUCUCCCUCUUUUGGUAAAUCAGUUGAAGGCUACCAUGAAACUAAAUACAAUGAGGCCUGAGAUGGAGAAGCUCAAGGAAGAAAUGGAUAAAAAUAUGAAUCCAGAGACUCUUCAGGAGAAUCAAAAGCGAUUGAAGGCACUAUUCAAAAAGCAUGGGGUCACUCCAUUUACACCACUAAAGGGAGUUUUCAUUCAAGGCCCAGUUUUUAUAAGUUUUUUCAUGGCUAUCUCAAACAUGGUUGAGAAAGUUCCGUCUUUUAAAGGUGGCGGAGCAUAUUGGUUUACCGAUUUGACCACCCCAGAUGCCCUGUACAUCCUUCCAGUUUUGACCGCUUUGACAUUCUUGGCUACUGUAGAGUUGAAUAUGCAAGAAGGGUUGGAAGGGAAUCCAAUGGCUAACACCAUGAAGAAGUUUUCUAGAGGACUUGGUGUCCUGACUAUACCAUUUACUGCUAACUUUCCAAAGGCUAUAUUCUGUUAUUGGGUGACAUCGAACCUUUUCUCCCUUGUGUAUGGAUUUGCACUCAAACGCCCUCCCAUAAGGAAGUUCCUUAAUCUUCCUGAUGCGACUCAGAUUAAGCCUAAUCCGUCAGCACAGCCGAGCUUCUCCUUCUUCGGCGGAUCGAAAGCAGCUCUUCCCAUGGCAUCUUCAAUACAGGAGAAGGGGUCUGAGCAAACUAAAUCUGCAGAGCGAAGGGUUUCUUCAUCAACAGUUAUCAACCACCGCAUUAGAAAUCUGGAGAAGACAGUAAAAUCCCGAAAUAGGCUCAACAAGAAAAGGUGAGUUUUGUAGAAUCAUGACUGUCUUAUUCUUAUAUUUUUAAGAACAAUAUUAUUUUCUUUUAGGCUUUGGUUUUAAAUACAAAUAAAAUGAGCUGUGUAAUGUAAUCACCUGCUCUGUGGGUUUAUUUUUUGGCGAAUUUGCUUUCAAUGCCCUGCUGCUUUAAUGUAAUAGAUAGCAUUUUUUUGUACACGCCAUGAUGAUUCCUGCGAUGGGGUAUUUGUAUUAACGGUUGUCUUUCUUAAGUGGACGAAUUGCUGUUUUAUA